GAUCACUGCAGCUUCUUCCGAUAUUUCGCUUACGUAACAAUCCGACAAGGCGAAUCUUCCUUUGGGGUUCCCAUAACCUUCUUGUUCUUAUAUUCCCCCGCUUUUGUUGGUCGAUUUGGAUCAUCGUCGCUCCGCUGAUACCACAAGUAGUCUCCAUCCAAGGUUAUUGUGACUUUCACAAUUAUGGGUGAUCUGGUUGAUUUAACUGGUGAUGGAGGUGUAAUCAAGACAAUUGUAAGGAGAGCCAAAGCUGAUGCAGUUGCCCCAACAGAGAACCUUCCACUUGUUGAUGUUCAUUAUGAAGGUGUCCUUGCUGAAACCGGUGAAGUUUUUGACACUACUCAUGAGGAUAAUACUAUAUUCUCUUUUGAGCUUGGAAAGGGCACUGUAAUCAAGGCGUGGGACAUUGCCUUGAGAACAAUGAAAGUUGGGGAGGUUGCAAAAAUCACUUGCAAACCGGACUAUGCUUAUGGAAAUGCAGGUUCUGCACCAGAUAUUCCCCCCAAUGCAACUCUUGUUUUCGAGAUUGAGUUGGUGGCAUGCAGGCCACGCAAGGGUUCUAGUCUUGGCAGUGUUUCAGAUGAGAGGGCAAGGCUCGAGGAACUGAAGAAGCAGAGGGAGAUGGCUGCAGCAAUCAAAGAGGAAGAGAAGAAGAGGAGAGAAGAAGCAAAGGCUGCUGCUGCUGCCCGUGUGCAAGCCAAGUUGGAUGCCAAGAAAGCCCAAGGCAGGGGGAAAGGCAAAGCGAAAUAGGGUUGUUUCACAUAUUCUAGUGAGAUGCACCCAUCUUUGUUUCUUUAUAUAAGCCGUAAAAGUGGUACAGCCAUAGUCAACAUGGGAUCAUUUAACAUGUACAUUCAGUUGCAGACAUUAUUUAAAAGCUGCUACAGCAUUAACAUAGAAAAGUACUGCUCAAAUUCUUGAUCAA